UAUAAGGACUGAGAAGAGUGAGCCCACAAAGACGCGAUCCAUAUACGAAGGACAGGGAAGAUAAAAUGGCGCUUCUCUGUUCCUCUCCUCACCUUUCAAAUCCCAAUUGGAGGAGGAGAACAAGUUACACGAGUUGUAGAACUUUCCCCAAUUUCUACACACCUAGUAACCACUCACCCGUCUUUCUUCCUUCUCGGAGGACAGGAGGCCAGUACCGGUCGAUCAUCAGUUGUCAGGUCUGCACUCCUGAAACCAUAACCCUAGACAGGUCUGCUUUGGACAUCGCCGAAGCUGUCUCUGAGGAGGAGUUAUGGGCUGCUGCUUGUCUUCGUAUACGGUCCUUCCACGAAUUCAAAGAGUGUUAUGGAAUCGAGGAUCAUAAGAAGUACUUGGCCGAGCGUGAGUUUGAAGCACUAAAGGAACGUAUUGCUGGCAAGAGGGUAGGAUUUAAAAGGGUUUCUUGCAUAAAUGCCACUGUUCCAUUGUCAAAGACAUCAAUCUUUUCAGAUGAUCUCUGCUCCACAUUAAAGUUUUCUGCAAAUGGACAAGACAGAGUAGUGGUGGGGAGCCUUGAUCUUAACCAAUGUCUUAGGCUUCCAGACGAAAUAACUGGGGAGAAACCAGAGGGCAUUGGAGCUGAUUUUGCAAGGGCUUAUUUAAGUAAUGUAUGUGUUGCCAAGGAGCUGCACAGAAAUGGUGUGGGCUAUGCAAUUGUUGCCAAAUCAAAACGAGUUGCUGAAGAGUGGGGCAUAACUGAUUUGUACGUCCAUGUUGCUGUUGAUAAUGAACCAGCAAAGAAGCUGUACAUGAAGAGUGGUUUUAUAUAUGAAAGUGAUGAACCUGCAUGGCAAGCCAGGUUUAUGGAUCGACCUAGACGGAUGCUUCUAUGGAGUGGUCUCCCUAGCACUGACAACUUGUAGUAUUGUGAUGGAAGCCUCUAUUAUUCAAGUGUGCAAGGGAGGCUUGUUAUAUCAUGUUCAUGCUUCAUUGAUAGUUCU